AUGAACAACCAUAAUCAUACAAUCAAUACAAGUGGUUCAUUAAAAUAUUUACGUAUUAAUUCAGAAACUGAGCAAACAUUUAUGCAAUAUUUUGAUGAUGGAAUAGGACCAAAUGAAGCUUGUAGAUUUCAUGAAAAUCAAAUAAUGAAAAACAAAAGUCCAUUAAAAUUACUUGCCAAUGGAUCUGUUAAUCUAAUUAACAAUACUGUGUACCAUCUACACAAUGUUUGGAGAAACCUAAAUUUUGGCACCGUAGAUGCUCCUUUGGAUAAGUUAAAAGAAAAAAUUGAAUUGUAUAAUUCACAAGGAAUUUCUGUAAAUAUACUUGAGGAAAAGUCUAAUUGGGCUGUUCUUGUUUCAACAUCAGUAAUGAAGAGAGCUCAAAUGUUGAGUUCUUCAAAAGAAGUAAUAUUUUGUGACAGUAGUAGUAGUUGUGAUAUUUUGAAAACUAUUAUCACUAUUUUAUUGACAGUAACUAAAGCUGGGGCAGUACCAAUAGCACUAUUAUUACAUCCUGGACAAUCUACUGAAAGUUACAAAACAGCUUUUGGUUUUUUAAAGUUAAUAUACCCAAAAUGUUUUGGAAAUAUUGAUGCACCUUAUGUUUUCAUGACGGACGACUCAGUGACCGACGUCUCGUGA